GUGAUUUCCAAGUAAGGGUAAUUACUCAGAUAUAUAGUUUGUGUGAUUAAUACCAAAAAUACUAGUGGUGGUAAUAGCAUAAACGACGAGGCAAAGCACAACCUCAACGUUUUCCAAUGCAAGAUGUAAUAUGCAACGCCGGAUCACGACUAUUCCCUUUGCUUUCUCUCUCUCUCUCUCUCUCUCUCUCUCCUACACCCUACUCUUCUUUACUUUUCAGUUUCAGAGUUUUCGUCUCUUUACUCUCUCUCACCACUGUUCCUCCCUACCCCAGUAUUCCGUUUGUUCGAUUAGAGGCAAAUCCGACCGAACAAUUGAGAGAUUCACAGCGGAAUGCUGCUAGCAGGGCUCAUUUCUUGAAAUUUUCUUUAAAGUAAAGGAAUUCAAGAGAUACCCAUUUCAAAAUCAUGCCGGAACCAUUGGUAUCAUCGUCUCCGUCGUCCAAUGAAGAUAAUGACAAUACUUUUGCAACAAAGAAGAAGAAAUCCGAAGAAGAAACGGAGCCCAAACCAUUAGUUUCUGUAGGUAGAAGUAGAUCUCAGGCCGCUACCCGUCGUGUGGCUCCGACAUCCACCGUUGCCGUUGCUGUUUCCAUCCCUGAAACCGUGGCUACAACAUCUGGUUCGGCGACUACAGAGAAACAUCUCCAGAACGGGGAUCUGUACAUCGGAAGCUUUUCCGGUAACGUGCCUCACGGAUCUGGUAAGUAUUUGUGGUCUGAUGGGUGUAUGUACGAAGGUGAUUGGAAGAGAGGUAAGGCAUCUGGGAAAGGUAAGUUUUCUUGGCCAUCUGGUGCGACUUACGAGGGUGAGUUCAAGUCCGGACGGAUGGAAGGUUCCGGUACGUUCACGGGAUCCGACGGAGAUACUUACCGUGGCGCCUGGUCGUCUGACCGGAAACACGGAUACGGCCAAAAACGUUACAGCAACGGUGAUUAUUACGAAGGGACAUGGCGGCGGAAUUUACAAGAUGGACAAGGGCGUUACGUUUGGAAGAAUGGAAACGAGUACGUCGGAGAUUGGAGAAAUGGAGUUAUAAACGGAAGAGGGAUCUUGAUUUGGGCAAACGGAAAUCGUUACGACGGCAACUGGGAAAACGGUGUUCCUAAAGGUCAUGGUGUUUUCACUUGGCCGGACGGCGGCUGCUACGUCGGCUGCUGGAGUAAAGAAAGCAACUUCAAUUACAAAAACCCUUUUCAACCCCACCAGAUUCUAAACGGAACAUUCUACCCAGGCAACAACGGCGCCGGAAAAGAUGAUAAAUUAGGGUUUACCCGCAAGCUCUCUGCGCCAUUGUUGGAUGAUAGUUUUGUGGUUUCAACCGCUAGAAAAAGAUCUUCUGUCGACGGAUCAAGAGGAAGCUUAACUGAACGAAACUUCCCCAGGAUUUGCAUUUGGGAAUCCGACGGUGAAGCAGGUGAUAUCACUUGUGACAUAAUCGAUAAUGCCGAAGCUUCAAUGUUGUACAGGGACGCCAUGGGAUUAGGUCGAGAUGAAAUACGUCAGUUCAGAAGAAAUCCAUGCUGUUUUAAUGGUGGCGAAGCAAAGAAGCCUGGUCAGAUGAUAUCAAAAGGGCAUAAGAAUUACGAAUUGAUGCUCAAUCUCCAAUUGGGUAUCAGGUAUUCAGUCGGGAAGCAUGCUUCCACCAUAAGAGACCUUAAAACCACCGAUUUUGACCCAAAAGAAAAGUUUUGGACACGAUUCCCACCAGAAGGAUCAAAACUAACUCCACCACAUCAAUCUGCUGAAUUUCGCUGGAAAGAUUAUUGCCCAGUAGUGUUUAGACAUUUGAGGGAGUUGUUCCAAGUAGAUCCAGCAGAUUAUAUGCUAGCCAUUUGUGGAAACGAUGCUCUUAGAGAGCUUUCAUCACCCGGGAAAAGCGGAAGCUUCUUUUACUUGACACAAGAUGAUCGUUUCAUGAUUAAAACAGUUAAAAAAUCCGAAGUCAAGGUUUUAAUCAAAAUGCUUCCAAGUUAUUACCAACAUGUUUGCCGAUACGAAAAUUCUCUCGUGACAAAAUUCUUCGGGGUGCAUUGUGUGAAACCAGUGGGUGGCAUAAAGACUCGAUUUAUUGUGAUGGGUAAUUUAUUUUGCUCUGAGUAUCGAAUUCAUAGAAGGUUUGACCUUAAAGGAUCAUCACAUGGACGUACAACUGAUAAACCUGAAGACGAAAUUGAUGAAACUACCACUCUUAAAGAUCUUGACCUCAAUUAUGUCUUUCGCCUGCAAGAAAACUGGUUCAAAGAAUUAAUCAAGCAAAUCAAUCGAGAUUGUGAAUUUUUAGAAGCUGAGAGAAUAAUGGAUUAUAGUCUUCUAGUUGGCAUGCAUUUUCGUGAUGAUAACACAGGCGACAAAAUGGGUUUGUCACCAUUUUUAUUACGCAACGGAAAGAGCGAUUCAUACCAAAAUGAAAAGUUCAUGCGUGGGUGUCGGUUUCUUGAAGCAGAGUUGCAAGACAUGGAUCGUGUUCUUGCUGGCCGGAAACCGUUGAUUAGACUGGGAGCCAACAUGCCAGCGAGAGCCGAGAGAAUGGGCAGGAGAAGCGAUUUUGACCAAUAUACCCCUGGUGGAUUUAACAAUUUCACCCCCUCAAGAACCGGUGAAACUUACGAAGUAGUCCUCUACUUUGGGAUCAUCGACAUUUUACAAGAUUAUGAUAUAAGCAAGAAGCUUGAACAUGCAUACAAAUCCUUGCAAGCGGACCCCACGUCCAUCUCGGCUGUGGAUCCAAAGCUUUAUUCCAAGAGAUUUCGUGAUUUUAUCGGAAGAAUCUUUGUUGAAGACCGAUGAAAAAGGAUUCAAUCAAUGUUUUGAAUCAAAGAUCGGGCAGUUCGGGUGUUUGUACAUGUCGGGUGAGGGGAGAUUGGGAUUCGGAUUCGGAUUCGUAUUCGAUUUCGUUAUGUGUUAUUUUUCUUGAAUUAUUUCCUUGAAAAUUUUUGUGGGUAGCAAGGAAUAUAUGUGAAGAAAUUAAAAAAAAAAAAAAAAAAGGUUAUAGGAGGGAGGGGGUGUUUGGUAAUAAGAGAAAUGUACAGGGGUGUUAUAGAGUG